AUGGCCAGCAAUAACCACAACAAUAACAAUAGCAGCAGCAACAGCAACAGCUACGAGGAGCAACAGCUGGAUUACAACAGCAAUGGUUGCAAUUACCAUGCACCAACGGCGACAGCAGCAGCUGCAGCAGCGAAGCAACAGGGAUUGACAGCAACAGCAGCAAACAAUCAAAAUAAUCACAAUAAUAGCAACAAAUAUAGUUAUCCAACGGCAGCAGCUGCUGCCAUGGAGAACAUGUUCCAAGGCAAUCAUCAGCUGAUAAAUUCUUAUCUGUAUCAGAAGAAUGAUGCGGCUGCUACAGUGGCUGGAGAUGCUGGCUACAUGGCAGAGCAAAGCUAUUGGCAACAGCAACAGCAGCAUCAGCAACACCACCAACACCAAUAUUUAGAGUAA